CGCUCCCUUAAAAAGUUGUUAAGGAGCUUUUCUCGCUGUCUCCCUCGCGCCCUCUCGCGUUGCAACAAAUAAUAUUAGCGGGACUGACGCAGCCGAACUCCCGGUCGAUUUGUUGGGAGUGAAAAUAUUGCAAAGAAUAAUAUAAUAUGGUAACUGUAAAUAUGGAACCGAGACAAUAAUAAAGUUAUUAUUUACAAGAUUGUGACAAUAAAGAAAUGUGAGAUGUUAGUGGAGGCUGUAUUGGUAUCAGAUGUCUUUUGACAUGAUGACGUCGGAAUCAUCGAGGCGCAGCAGGGCCGUUUCCAUGGAAACUGGAGGGCUACCGUUGGUGUCAACAUUUGCAUUACUUACUAUAGUUGCAGGUCACCUUCAAGGGUCUGGGUAUAGUGAACCUGAGCCUGAGUUCCUGUCACCCUUGGAAAAUUUAACAGUGGCUAUGGGCAGAGAUGUUCACUUUACUUGCAUUGUGAACCAUCUUGGUUCAUAUAAGGUGGCGUGGAUCAAAUCCGACACAAAGAUGAUCCUCGCUAUACACACGCAUAUGGUCAACUUGAACCCUCGUCUGUCUGUCACACACAACGGCCACAACACUUGGAAACUGUACAUCAGUAACGUGGAACCAAAGGACUCCGGUUCCUAUAUGUGCCAAGUUAAUACAGACCCUAUGAUGAGUCAGAUGGGUUACCUUUCUGUAGUAAUCCCACCAGAUAUUGCUGACGAGGAUGGCUCAGAGGCUAGUGCACCCGAAGGUGGAUCAGUGGAACUUCGCUGCACUGCUACUGGAGUCCCGCUCCCUAUUAUAUCUUGGAGGAGAACUGAAGGACGAAACAUCAUAUUUCGUGACAGUAAUGGGAAAGAAACUAAAGUUGUGGACAGCUACGUGGGGUCGACUUUGUCAUUGAAGGGUCUACAGCGUACCGAUAUGGGGACAUACCUGUGCAUCGCGGCAAAUGGUAUACCGCCCACAAAGAGUCGACGAUACGAGGUGUCUGUACUUUUCGAGCCGAUAAUAAAAGUGGAUAGUCCAGUAGUGCUGCGAUCAAUUGAUAUGCAAGUUAGCUUGAUAUGCUAUGUUGAGGCGUCACCAAAGUCCCUGAACACUUGGCAGCGGGAGAAGUCACAAGCCGGUGGAAAACUACUAGAUAGUGCGAAGUACGCUAUAUCAGAACAAAUAAUAAAUGAAUAUUCAUUACGAAUGAAUUUGACCAUAAACCGGCUGAGGAAGAUCGACUUUGGUGACUACGCGUGUUCGGCCCUCAAUGCUUAUGGAAAAACUGAAGGCAUUAUUACAUUAAAAGAGACACCACAACGCACUACGACGACAACGACAACAACAACAACCACAACAACAACUGAAGCAACGACAACAACUUCAACCACGACUCGCGCGCCAAAGCGACACCUUAAGAAGCCACACGAGCGCAUCAACCAGAACGCCCUCGAUGCAGACCUGCGCCAAGCUGAACUCAACAACGCAUUCAAUUUCUACAAUAUAAAUGCGUACAGCCCCGCAAAUAAUAGUCACAAUGAGUACGCCCAAAGGACUGAGCGGCAAAAAGUACGGCCGUCUGGUCCGCCGCGACCCAAUGUCGUAUACAACAAUGCAUGCGGUAUAGGUCAUCUAUCUUUCAUUUUACUUGCUAAUGUAAUAAAAUUAGUUGUAUAAAUCUAUUUUACUUGAUAUACCGAUUUUAGUAUAUAUGUAUAUUACACUACUAGGUAGUGGAAACAUGGCUGUUGAAUUUUGUAAGUACGUAUUUUGAGGUUGUAAAUUAGUACAUCCGAUGUUGAUAUUGUUGUGGUAUUUUGAGAGUUAAACAUUAUCAGCCUUACAUUUGUAAAUGGAGACAAUAAAGAAUUGAUCAGUUACUGUUAGAA